AUGGCCUCCACUACCACCACACCAGCUUCUAGCGUCAAGCUUCCAUCCAUAAGUGAGUUGACCUCUCGCUCUCCUCUCAACGAGGAAUCACAAUUGUCUCCUAGAAACAGAGAGCUUCCCAACUUGACCUCGGCGGGCUUCACUUUCAGAUACCCAGUCAAGCCUUCUACUCCAGCUAAUUAUGUCACUAGCGAGUCUACUGAAGCUAACAAAUUACCUUCUAUAUAUCAUGACAAGUCUAGCACACAAACCGGACCCAUGGUGGCUUACACUACAUCUCCAACCACCUACUACCACCAACCAAUCUACUACCAGAAUUCCAGCAACGGAGCCCCAGUGGCUCCCUACCCAGUGGCACAGCAGUACGUCUUGCCAGAGGUGAUCAACAAACCCACCAACAAAUGUCAUAGAUGCGGAACCACCGAGACCCCCGAAUGGAGAAGAGGUCCCAACGGUGUGAGAACCCUCUGUAACGCCUGUGGGUUGUUCCACGCGAAGUUGGUAAAAAGAAAAGGUGCUGCUUUGGCUGCUGAAGAGGUGUUGAACAACAAGGUGUGCAAGGGGAAGAACGGCAGAAGAAUAAGCUUGAAGAAGCAUCUUUUGAACGAGAGCUUG